AUGCAAGCAUCUCAGGAGAACGCAAUCCCUGAUGGGUCUCGCUUGUUCUUUAACCAGCCUCUGGGAGAUAAGGAGUCAUAUUGCUGGUCAUGCAUCCAGAAUGUGCCUCACUAUCAAUGUUCGAAUGAUGUGAGCAUCCAGGGCUUGCAUCUCUCAGCCGACACUUUUGAGCAGCACUGCACCCUAGAAUCAUCUUCUGGAACUGGUGGGUCAUGUGCUGCUCGCAAUUCACCAUCUACUACAGCCAGUUUCUCCACUAAUGAGAGUGGCGUUUCCCAACAGAACUCUCUAUCAUAUCCAUCUGAUGUUCACGAUUCCCCUGACCAGACUAGUGGCUCACCAACAAGCGAGUCUUAUGUCACCCACAAGCUAAGGGAAUUGGAAACAGCCAUGCUGGGGCCUGAUUUAGAUGUUCUCAACUCAUGCAAUAAUGGCAUACUGCCAGCUGGAGGCAACAGCCAAAUCUCAACCGAGACAGAGAAGUGGAAGUUUCUGGGUGAAGUAAUUUCUAGAGGAGAUCUAAUGGAAGGCCUUUGCAUUUGUGCUCGGUUUCUUGAAGAUGGCGAUAUGUUCACAGUGGACUGGUUAAUUGCCGAGCUGCGUGGACUGGUCUCGGUUUCUGGUGAGCCGAUUCAACGCCUGGGGGCAUAUGCUGUUGAGGGUCUUGUUGCAAGGUUGGCAUCCUCUGGAAGUGCCAUCUAUAAUGCCUUGAGAUGCAAGGAACCUGUACUACCUGCCAGCAUGGAGCUUCUCUCAUACAUGCACGUGCUCUAUGAGAUAUGCCCAUACUUCAAGUUUGGAUACAUGUCAGCAAAUGGAGCGAUAGCCGAGGCAAUCAAGGAAGAAAACCGAAUCCACAUCAUUGAUUUCCAAAUUUCACAGGGCACACAGUGGAUCACCUUAAUCAAGGCUCUUGCUGAUCGUCCUGGUGGGCCUCCACACAUUCGAAUUACCGGGAUUGAUGAUUCAACAUCUGCUUAUGCACGAGGAGGGGGGCUUGAAAUAGUUGGUGGAAGGCUGAAAAUGCUUGCACAGCAGUUUAAAGUGCCAUUCGAGUUCCGUGCUGUUGGAAUACCAGCUUCUGAGAUUCAAGUUGAGAAUCUCAAGAUUCAACCGGGCGAAGCAAUCGCUGUCAACUUUGCAUUGGUGCUUCACCACAUGCCGGAUGAAAGUGUGGGGACACAAAAUCAUCGUGACAGAUUGCUGAGGAUGGUUAAAGGAUUGUAUCCUAAGGUGGUAACUCUUGUUGAGCAGGAAUCAAACACCAACACUGCACCCUUUUUUGCCCGAUUUGUGGAGACACUAAACUACUACUCAGCUAUAUUUGAGUCGAUUGACGUAGCUCUGCCAAGGGAGCAUAGGGAGAGGAUUAAUGUUGAGCAGCAUUGCCUAGCAAGGGAGGUGGUCAACAUCAUAGCUUGUGAGGGAGUUGAAAGGGUUGAACGUCAUGAGCUUCUUGGGAAAUGGAGAUCACGGUUUGCAAUGGCGGGGUUUAAACCGUAUCCGCUUAGUAGUUACGUGAAUGGCGCAAUCAAAGCUCUGCUGGGAAAAUACUCCAGCAAGUAUACUCUAGAGGAGAAAGAUGGAGCUCUUUAUCUUGGCUGGAUGGACCGCCACUUGGUUUCUUCUUGCGCGUGGAGGUGA